CCCCCCCACCCGUAACCUCAGUCCCGUUGGAAGUUAUGUGCACUUUGAUCUGAAGAAUUUAUUUAUCGUUUUGGUGUUUGCGAAUCGCCUAACGUUUGCUACGAAAUUCGCAUAGAUUGACACAAAGUUGCAAACACAGUUCGAGGGCGAAUUCUGAACGGUGCACGCCACCUUAACUACAUAAGAAAAGUCCGUUGCAGUCUACCCGACUUUUGUAAACUCUUCGUAGUUCCGGCCUUCGUUCAUUUUUUUUUAACUGGUUCAGAAAUGCAACUAGAAGAAUCCUCAGAUGCCAAAAAAGAUGCUUCAUUCAUCUGUGGUGUUGUAGAAGGCUUUUAUGGACGACCAUGGACGUUGGAUCAGAGAAAAGAUUUAUUCAUUAAAAUGCAAGAAUGGGGAAUGAAUUCAUAUUUGUAUGCCCCAAAAGAUGACUACAAACAUAGGGCGUAUUGGAGAGAAUUGUACUCGGUUGAAGAAGCAGAGCAUCUAACUAUGCUGAUUACUGCUUCCAAAGAGUGCAACAUAACUUUCAUCUAUGCUCUAUCUCCUGGACUGGAUAUUACAUACUCUUCUUCCAAAGAAAUGGUGAUCUUAAAAAGAAAACUUGAUCAAGUCGCUCAAUUUGGGUGUACGGCAUUCGCACUACUCUUUGAUGAUAUUGAAGCCGAAAUGACAGAAUCCGACAAGGAAGCAUUCCAAUCAUUUGCACAGGCACAGGUGUCUGUAACGAAUGAGGUUUAUGAGUAUUUAAACCAGCCAAAAGAAUUCCUGUUUUGCCCGACACAGUAUUGCGCUUCAAGAGCAGUACCUGACGUACCCAACUCGGAAUAUCUGAAUACUGUGGGAUCGAAAUUGGCCCCUGGUAUAGACGUGAUGUGGACAGGUCCAAAAGUGAUAUCGCGUUUGAUAACACCUGCAUCAAUUGAUGAGCUAACGGAAGUUCUUCGACGCAAACCAGUUAUUUGGGAUAAUCUUCAUGCAAAUGAUUACGAUCAAAAGCGUAUAUUUCUUGGACCUUAUACUGGUCGACCUUCUGCCUUGCUAACAAAACUCAAAGGUGUAUUAACAAAUCCUAAUUGCGAGUAUGGAGCGAAUUUCGUUGCAAUCCAUACAGUCGCCCAAUGGAGUAAGUGUAGCAUUGAACAUGCUCACGACGAGAACCAGAGUAGUGAUGCUAUCAGUGCCGUGUCAGCUGAUAUCAAACUGGAACAAGAAAGUCGUAAUGGCCGCAGCGAUGACGAGGAUGUCUCGCUCCCCAUGCUCGUAUACCACCCGCGUUUGGCGCUCAAGAAAUCUUUACAAUUAUGGCUUCCUGAAUUUAAGCGAACAAAAUCCAUGUGGGGACCUAUUAGCAAGCCACACGUCAAUAAUGUUCCCCCAGUCACGUUCGGCGCUACGGGUCAAUCGGGAGUUCCCUGCUGCAGUUCCGGUAGCCUUGAGGAAGGUGGUACAUCCCCUGGAUCGGCUCCAAUGCCCACAGCAGAUCAUAGUAGUGCAGAGGAUGCCAAUGAACUCGCCAGCGAUGCCACACUGACACCCUGCCUCGUUGACGGAACCGAGAGCGCUGGAAGCUCCAGUAUGGUUAGUUUGGACAGGGUAGCCGAAUGCCUCGAACCAAUGGAAACGGUAGAAAGCACCUCAAGCGCAUCAUCUCAAGCCAAGAAUUUGGAUGUGGAAGACGUCGACGACCACGACAUAAAAGAGUCGCCAAUAAAAGAGGAAAUGCCCAGUGCUCCUGAGCACGAGGAAGGAGAUGUUAUCAUGGAAAGUGAAAGAAAAGAGGAGGAAGAGGACUAUCAACUGACCGUAGACGACCUCUGCCUGCUUUGUGAUUUAUUUUACCUACCAUUCGAGCAUGGACCGCAGGGCAUGCAGUUGCUUCAAGAGUUUAACUGGUUGAAGCUCAACGCACACAUAGUCGCUAGCAAUCCGUCCAAAACGACUGCAGCUGUGUCUCCCGAAGUUAAAGAAUGGCAUCAGCGAGCUGAAAAGUUCGACACCAUGUCACGUGCAUUGAACAAGUUGUUCACUCGCUUGACAUACAUCAAUAAUCGCGAAUUGUUGUACGAACUUUAUCCGUACGUUUGGGACAUGCGAGGUGUUGUUGCCCUACUCAAUUCCUACGUCAAAUGGUUAUCUUUUAAUCAAGGAUCGAAACAAGGAUUCCUAAGCGGUGAACAAGAACCAUGGGUCUUCCGCGGAGGUCUUGCUGCUGAUUUGCAGUGCAAAGAGAGUCACGGCAUGUUUGUUAGGCAAAACAGUUGCAUUGUAUUAGAUGAUGGAGUUGAAGAUAAUCCUCCUCGUGCCACGUCUAUUUCUCCUCCAAUCCCUGAAUCACCAGCCGUGUUUGAUGACAAGUUAAAAGUGAAGAGCAGGCUGCCCAUAUUAGCUACCCCCAAAACGCCGUCAUUACAACAUGGCUCGUCUCAACCACAGACUACUCCACUCUCGUCACGCGUGGAGACACAGCCUAAGGCUGACGAGUCUGUUCCUUCUACUCCCAAAGGUGAUUUGGCCGGAAAGCGGGCAAUUCCAAGCGGGCAAUUUAUUGAAACCGGUUUCGUUGAGACAUUGAAAACUCAGUUUACUCCUGGACAAGCUCUCUCACCUUCUCUCUCCAUGGCUAUUGAAGAAAGAGUGUCGGGUCUGCAAUUGUCGCAGGAAAACGAGAACCUCAAAGCAGAGAUUCGCGACCUAAAUGAAAAGUUGGAAACUCUGAAAGUCAGGCGAAAUCAGGACAAGGAAAAACUAAAAGAGGCAGAUAAGAUGCGGCUGCAGUUGGAUCAGCUACUUGAAUUUAAACGAGCUAUCCUUGAAUCUCAGUCACAACUACAGAAAGAGUUGGCGCGCGUUAAGCAAGAAGCAAAAGAUGCUCUAAUAGAACAACAGUCCAAAAACCAUGACAGUGAUGAGUAUCAGGAGAUGUUGGAAAUGGCAACGCUAGACAAGGAAAUGGCAGAAGAAAAAGCAGAGAGUUUGCAGUUGGAACUUGAACAAGCGAAGCAAAAAGUUGAGGAAUUGGCUUUAGAUCUGGAACUUCUGAAGGCCGAAAUGAGUGAAAAGGGUAUCGAAGGGGCCGGUUCUAGUCUCGAAAUAAAACAACUGGAACAGCAAAACAUUCGAAUGAAGGAAACACUGGUCAAGAUGAGAGAUUUGGCUGCCCAUGAAAAGCACCAGCAUCAACGCGUAUUGAAAGAGAUGGAAGACAAAUUAAGCGAACUUAAUGAUCUGAAAAAAGCGAAACAAUCUCUAACUACCCAAGUAGAAGAGAAACGUGCGAUGGUGACUGAAUUGCAAGAGCAAGUAGACGCAGCUUUGGGUGCCGAAGAAAUGGUAGAGCAGUUAACUGAUCGCAACCUGGCUCUCGAAGAAAAAAUUGGUGAGCUUCAAGAUGCUGUUGCUGAUUUGGAACAGCUCCAUGACAUGAAUGAAGAACUGCAAGAGACGGCUCGAGAGACUGAACUCGAACUUCGGGAGGAAUUGGAUAUAUCAAGAACAAAGAUCCAAGAGAUGAUCAAAGAGCGCGAUGCUAUCCACGAAAUGGUAGCGGACCGCAACGGAACCAUCGAUAAGUUCCGCGAAGUGGUUCAGCAGAUGCAGCAGUCUAAUCUUCAACUAAGAGAAGCUUUGGAACGUGAGACCAACAAGCCGGUGGGAGCACCGCCUGAGGUCAUUGAUUACCAAAAGAUGUUUACUGAAACCAAGACUUUCACGAAGACGAUUGAUCUAGAAUUACGCAAGCUUGAUGUUCAGCAGGCUUUGCAGCAUGUUUCUUAUCUCUGUACAUAUAUGCCGGAUUCAUUUAUGGCACGAGGAGGGGACUACCACAGCGUACAGCAACUGCUCUUGAUGUCUAGGCUGCUCUUCAAAUGCGAUAUGCUCGCUGCUCAAGUAAAAGAGAAAUUCCCCGGGUGUGCCGGGGACUUGUCAAACACUGUCAAAUCAGCAGGGGCCGACCAAUGCAUCUUUGGAGCACGAUUCCUUCAUUGGAUUUUCGCCCUUCAGGGGGUUGUUCGCCAAUUCUCGUAUGCCUUAAACAGUUGCUCUCCGCAGCAAUUCCUCGAGAUGGGAACGCUGCACCAAGAGAUGUUGCAACAAGAAAAAGCAAUUGAUUUUUACGUGGAACUUUUACGUAAAGAUCAGUUGGACGAAAACGUUCAGUUAGAAGCUUUGGAGAAGGUCGUCACAUAUUUCAACAGUAUCUACGCUGUGCAGUUUAGCUCGUUCACUAACGGUGUAGCUUUAUUGACCGAUCAUGCCAAAGUUCUUUUGGCUUCGUGUUGUGGAUUGACCGCGCUAGGUAGCCGAGUACAGUCGAUGAUGCAGAGUGGACAUGAAGGUAGCGACGUGGCGAAAUCCAUUAAGGAAGUGCUCAGCCAAGCUAACCAAUGGCAGCAAUACGCCCGAACGAUUAAGCGUCGGUUACCUACUGAUGGGUCCACUGGUCCUAUCAAUCUUCCUGUUGAAACAACGCCCAGGAUGACACAGUGUGCUGGUCAUUUGUCUAGACUGCUCAAAACUAUGUUGGCGUGGUGUCGUAUGGUCUCUCAACAACUUUCUGUCAGCAGCGAACCGGAUUCUGGUGUGGCGAUUGCCAAAAUGCGAGAACUCGCUCAUGCGGCUGCCGACCAAGUUUACACAGACGAUUAUACCAGUGAUAAUGGGUUUUUUGACAGCAUCCACGCCUCUCUCUCAUUCGUCAAUACUACGUUUUCGACUGUUUCAAAUUCUCUGGUUGAUGGACAGUACGAUUUUGAUGGAACACCCACUGUUGAGGCUCCAAAGGCGCCGGUGGGCUUGCGAGCACAGACUCUGAAAGCAGAAAUCCGGGAUUUAGAAAAUCUGCGGCAUAAACUGGAUGAACGCGAAUCGUUGAUUAAGGAGCUCAAUAUCAUGUUAAGGAACAAACAAGAAGAAUUGAGCGAGAUGAACGUGCGUAAAGAGAUGACAGAGAAGAAACUAUCGAACCUUGCUCGUGAUAACGAAGUAGCAACGGAAAAGUUAACGCGCAAAUUGGAAGACAACAUGCUGUUGUUGAAACGCAAGGAGAAAGAAUUUAAUGAGACCCUAGAACACUUGCAAUCCGAUAUGGCUACGCUAGAAAAAGAAAAGGCUGAAUUAAAAGAAAAAUUAAUGCACAGCUCCAAAAAGGUUCUGCUUGAAGGAUUGACGAAAUCAGCAGCCGGCCCGGCGCCUUUUGCUUUCCCUACUCAUGCACCGGCGCAUCCUGCUCCCGUGCCAGCAGAAACAACACCCUCAUCGUCUUCUACUGUCCAUGAUUCGCCGCUUUUAUUAAAUAAGAUCUCGCACUUACGUGAAGCGCUCCGCCAGUCCGAAAUGGAAAAGGCUCGUUUAAUGGGCGAUGAUUUACGGAAGAAAUUUGAAGCCCUGCCUCCUUUGCGGCUACCGGCGAAAAAUAUUCCUGUUUCCGAUGACACUUUGGAAGUGAAUCGUUUAAUUAAACAGGCUGCGGAACUAAAAAGGAAUAUUUUGAGAACCCAUAGUCAAUGCAAAUUUAUCGAUCCUACUGACCCUAAAUUCAACCAGAAAUCAAACAACUUGUCCACACAGCUAUCCAUUCAACGAAUGCAAAUGGAACGUGACGUUAUAAAACUGCAGGCUGCUGUGGCACGUUUAGCAGCGUCGCGCAAACCUGGAGCGGAAAUCCGAACAGCAACUACUACUUUCCCUAUUCCGGAGUUGAGCAAGGCUAUGAAUGAUUCGGCCGCAGUGGAACUGGGGCAUUUGUCGUUACCGUUGAAGAACACUUUGGAUGGGAAUCAACCUCUACCGCUUGUGUUGGGCAUGAAAGAAAUCCGCCACCUACACCAAAUGGUUUUGACUAUGGUGUAGAUUUAAAAAAAAUGGCCUUUUUCCUUCCUGCUUCCACCUUGCACUCCUCCUUAAUGCACGCUUCCUAAUUUUCCGGAUUUUAGCGCUCCCUUCGUCAUUCCUAUGGGGCAGCUUUACCGCUUUUUACAUAAUGCAAAUUAAGUAUUUAUCGUAUUCAUCAUGAAUGUAAUCAUCAAAGCUGUAUUUUCAAUCUCUGCCGAAGGUUGAAUGAAGUUUAACUAUUAGAAACGAA